GCCAGAGCCGGACCCAUAAAACCAUAUUAAAAUUACAGGAUGUUUUAGAAUAUGACGACACAAAUUGUUUUCUGUUGUAGUAGGGGUAUACAUCAUCAUCAAUCAGUUUUCCUUAGAAAUUUUACAAUCUCACAAACCAGGCUGUGACAUGGAACAAAAUGGCCUUAUUAUCCGCCGACCGUAUACGGAACGUUAAAUUCCACACUCAAAUUCCAUGGGACAUCUUUCUGUGAACGCAGAUUUAUAAAGUGUUAUUUCUAUACACUGCCGCAGCUAUUGUUGUGGCAGUGAAAGUAAAUCAUUUAGAGGGAAGGGGGAUUUGUUUUAGAAAGGGGAUUUUCCAAUACUCUACUCGGAUUAUAAACGUAAUAUUUGUGCCUAAUUUGCACUGUUUUAUUUGAUUUGGAGCCAAGAACGAGCACUACUGCUACUGGACGAUGGUCUCUUGGCAGGGUGCUCCUGAUUGCUACUUGAAGGGGGUCUUCCAAUAUUGUCUGCCACUCUGAAGAGAAGACCCCACCUUGUCUUGUGUUGGAUUGUGGCCUCUCUCUUCAUCACCUUAUGGAGGAGUAGCUCUUGACAGGUUCAUUACACACGAUAAAACAAAACGUGACACAGCAACUGAUAAGAGAGCAACAACAAGCAAAGAGACAAUGUCCUCCAACAGAAGCCAGAACCCUCAUGGGCUCAAACAGAUUGGCCUAGACCAGAUCUGGGAUGACCUGCGAGCAGGAAUACAGCAGGUGUACACCAGACAGAGCAUGGCCAAAGCACGAUACAUGGAACUCUACACACAUGUUUAUAACUACUGUACCAGUGUGCACCAGUCUAAUCAGGCCCGUGGGACAGGGCCCCCUCCAUCCAAACCCUCCAAAAAGGCCCCCACCCCAGGAGGGGCCCAGUUUGUGGGCCUGGAGCUCUACAAGAGACUCAAGGAAUUCCUCAAGAACUACCUGACCAACCUGCUCAAGGAUGGAGAAGACCUGAUGGAUGAGAGUGUAUUAAAGUUCUACACACAGCAGUGGGAAGACUACAGAUUCUCCAGCAAAGUGCUGAAUGGUAUCUGUGCCUACCUCAACCGGCACUGGGUCCGCCGCGAGUGUGAUGAGGGGCGCAAAGGGAUCUAUGAAAUCUACUCCCUCGCUUUGGUGACAUGGAGGGAAUGCCUUUUCAGACCUUUGAAUAAACAAGUCACAAAUGCUGUAUUGAAGCUCAUCGAGAAGGAACGAAACGGAGAGACCAUCAACACCAGGCUUAUCAGUGGAGUCGUCCAAUCCUACGUUGAGUUGGGCCUCAAUGAGGAUGAUGCCUUUGCCAAAGGCCCCACAUUGUCGGUCUACAAAGAGUACUUUGAGACUCAGUUCUUGGCGGACACCGAGCGCUUCUACACACGAGAGAGCACAGAGUUCCUGCAACAAAACCCUGUUACUGAGUACAUGAAGAAGGCGGAGGCACGUCUUUUGGAGGAGCAGCGGAGGGUGCAGGUGUACCUCCAUGAGAGCACGCAGGACGAGUUGGCCCGCAAGUGUGAGCAGGUGCUCAUCGAGAAGCACCUGGAGAUUUUCCACACAGAGUUCCAGAAUCUUCUGGACGCUGACAAAAAUGAAGACCUUGGGCGGAUGUACAAUUUGGUGUCCCGGAUCACUGAUGGGUUGGGAGAGCUGAAGAAACUCCUGGAGACGCACAUAUACAACCAGGGCCUUGCUGCUAUAGAGAAGUGUGGAGAAGCGGCUCUCAAUGAUCCCAAAAUGUAUGUCCAGACCAUCUUAGACGUCCACAAAAAGUAUAAUGCCUUAGUAAUGUCAGCGUUCAACAACGACGCUGGUUUUGUUGCUGCUCUGGACAAGGCCUGUGGACGCUUCAUAAACAACAAUGCUGUGACCAAGAUGGUGCAGUCGUCCAGCAAAUCUCCAGAGCUGCUGGCUAGAUACUGUGACUCUCUGUUGAAGAAGAGCUCAAAGAACCCAGAGGAGGCAGAGCUGGAAGACACACUAAACCAAGUGAUGGUGGUCUUUAAGUACAUAGAGGACAAAGAUGUGUUCCAGAAGUUCUACGCCAAGAUGCUGGCUAAGCGGUUAGUCCAUCAGAACAGCGCCAGUGACGAUGCUGAAGCCAGUAUGAUCUCCAAACUGAAGCAAGCAUGCGGCUUCGAGUACACCUCUAAACUCCAGCGCAUGUUCCAGGACAUCGGCGUCAGCAAAGACCUAAAUGAACAAUUCAAAAAGCACCUCACAAACUCUGAGCCUUUGGACUUGGACUUCAGCAUCCAGGUCCUCAGUUCUGGUUCCUGGCCCUUCCAGCAGUCCUGUACAUUCGCUUUGCCCUCUGAGCUGGAGAGGAGUUACCAAAGGUUCACGGCCUUCUACGCCAGCAGACACAGCGGGCGCAAGCUGACCUGGCUCUACCACCUGUCCAAAGGAGAGCUGGUCACCAACUGCUUUAAGAACAGAUACACACUCCAGGCUUCUACCUUCCAGAUGGCCAUCUUACUACAAUACAACACUGAGGAUGUCUACACAGUGCAGCAGCUCACUGACAGCACGCAGAUCAAGAUAGACAUUUUGGUGCAAGUCUUGCAAAUCUUGUUGAAGUCCAAAUUGCUGGUCCUGGAGGAUGAGAAUGCAAAUGUGGAUGAAGUGGAGUUCAAACCAGACACCUUAAUAAAACUCUUCCUGGGAUACAAAAACAAGAAACUUCGGGUGAACAUUAACGUGCCAAUGAAGACAGAGCAGAAGCAGGAGCAGGAAACAACUCACAAGAACAUAGAGGAGGACAGGAAACUGCUAAUACAGGCAGCCAUCGUGAGAAUCAUGAAGAUGCGUAAAGUGCUGAAACAUCAGCAGCUCCUGGCAGAGGUUCUGAACCAGCUGUCAUCCAGGUUUAAACCAAGAGUCCCCGUCAUCAAGAAAUGCAUCGACAUCCUGAUAGAGAAGGAGUACCUGGAGCGUGUCGAUGGAGAGAAAGACACGUACAGCUACUUGGCUUAAAACCUUUUCAUUGUUCUCCACCCUUCCUCCUUUCUUUUUUUAAGUUGUUUCUUGAUUAAUAAACAUCAUUCUUUUUGACAUUUGGCCAAUGUUGUCAGGAAUGCGAGCACAGAAGGAGAAAAAUAAAAACCAUAAAGAAGAAAGAAAAGUCUUCUGAAUCAUCAAGGUGGUUGCUAAAGCUGGACUUCCCUUUAAACUCGGAGAUUAUGGGAUAGCUGCUCGCCCAGUGUUUGUUUGAAGAUCCCAUCUGAACUGCUCAGGUUCGACAGAUACAUUUUGAUAUGUAAAUAUGGACAGAGACCUUUACCCCUUUAUCUUAACAUUACAAAAUAAACAAUCAAAACCCUUCACACCGAGGGUUGCAUGCUACUGCCUAUCUGCAUUUAAGGAGCAAAAAGACGUAAUAGGGGAGAAGCUAUUGAGACACUGCUGCGUUACGUGGCAGGAGAACGUGUUUUAAAAAAGAUGAGCAAUUUUAGCUGCACUUCCAGAGCGCGAUCUGUGUGUUUGAAAAAGGCCCUUAGAAGUGUAAUCUGCAUUGUUACCUGCUACCAGAAAACCAUUUGUAUAGUGUGGUUCACUUUUUUUUUUUUAUGUGGUAAAUAAAAGUUAAAGGUUUCUGUAUGCCCUCUGAUGGUCUUUAUUCCCUCAAAACCGAUGUAAAAGUUUGGAUGAUAUGUUAGACAUUAAUGGAUAUAUACUGUGCCCUGAAUUUAUGCUCUGUGCUCAGGCUGUCACUUUGGGGGCCAGGGCCAUCAUGUAAUUGGGGGUGCAGGAAUGAAAAAUGUCACCUGGAUAUUUUAAGUCAGUGCUGGUUACUUGACAUUACAAUCCCGAAAUGACAUACUUAGCUGUUCAUCACUAGUCAUUUGUAAACUGUUAAACUCAAAUAAAGUUUGUCAACAGGA